CCACGCUUCCUCCCCAGUCGCUCAGCCACAAAGGCUACUGUCGGUAUUCGGCAGCGGCACCUCGCUGCUUCAGGGUGAAGAUGGUAGGCAGCCUGUGUGCCCGUAAGUUGGCCCGGCGAUCACGGUCUGCCAUAAUAGCGGCACUCACCGUGCUCCUGAUCCAGACACUAAUUGUAUGGAACUUCAGUAGCCUGGACACGGGCGAAGACAGGGAGGAUGGUGGCAACGGCAGGGAGAAGCGAGACCGAAUCGGUAUCAACAAAGCCUACAGCGAGUACCCGAAAAGCGGCUUCCAGAGGAGACAACACCAGCCACCUCUGGGGAAGGCGGCCGUUCGGCAUAAGCAGCAACCGGACGGCUACCACUCCCACCGGCCGAAAGAGAAAGUCCGCGUGGACAGCAACAACGAGAACUCGGUGCCCAAGGACUUUGAGACCAUCGACAACAGCAACUUCGGGGCCCAGCGAGGCGGCGGUGGUGCGGGGGCCCAGCUGACUCAGAGCCAGAGGCACGCAGCAGCAGCAGCAGCAGGGGGGGCUGGCGCCGCCGCAGGGGGGGCCAUCGGAGCCGGCGUCGGCAGCAGCAAACGCAAGCAGCUGAUGCUGGAGAAGGUGCACGCGCAGCAGAACAUGAACUUGGCUAAAGGCUCCAACGAGGUCAUCCAGUACGGACAGAAGUACGGGGCCGGGGUCGCCGGUCGGAACCACUCCUCCGUGGUCAACGACCACGCUGGCGGCGCUACGGGCCAUCGGACCCCCAGACCGGGCCAGCUGGGCCACACGGCCGCCCAGCCCCACAGGCACCACCGGCCCCAGGCCCAGCAGCAGCAGCAGCAGCAGGCCCGGCGCUCGGGGACGGGCACGGGCACCGGCACGGUGGCGCCCCCUCUGGCGGGCGAGCUGCGUUACGAGCAGCCGCCCAAGUGUGAGAUCAGCGGGAAGGAGGCCAUCUCGGCGCUGUCCCGGGCCAAGACCAAGGAGUGCAGACAGCAGAUCGCGGAGGUCUACUGCAGACACAAGGAGGGCCAGCUCAUGCCAGACAAGGUCACCAGAUACUGCCCCAUAGAGGGCAAGGCCAAUGUGAAUGUGCAGUGGGAUGAGGACUCGGUGGAGGCUGCCCCGGCGGUGCCCGUGCGGAUCGCCUUCAUGCUGGUGGUGCACGGCAGAGCGGUGCGGCAGGUGCAGCGCCUAUUCAAGGCCAUAUACCACACCUCACACUUCUACUACAUACACGUGGACCAGCGCUCCAACUACCUGCAUCGUGAGAUGCUGACCCUGGCGUCUAAGUACUCGAACGUGCGCGUGACGCCCUGGCGUAUGUCCACCAUAUGGGGCGGGGCCAGUCUGCUGAGCAUGUACCUGCGUGCCAUGACGGACCUGCUGGCCAUGAAGGAUUGGGCAUGGGACUUCUUCAUCAACCUCAGUGCAGCCGACUACCCCAUCAGGACCAAUGAUCAGCUGGUUGGCUUCUUGUCAAAGUACAGAGACAUGAACUUCAUCAAGUCCCAUGGAAGAGACAAUGCACGCUUCAUCAGGAAGCAGGGCCUGGACAGGCUGUUCUUCGAGUGCGACACACACAUGUGGCGCCUUGGCGACCGCAAGAUUCCAGAAGGCAUCUCAGUGGACGGGGGCUCUGAUUGGUUCCUGAUGAACCGCAUCUUCGUCGACUACGUCAUCAACUCCAAGGACGACCUCGUCACCAACAUGAAGCGCUUCUACGCAUACACACUGCUGCCCGCAGAGUCGUUCUUCCACACGGUGCUGGAGAACAGUCCCCACUGUGAGAGCAUGGUGGACAACAACCUGCGCAUCACCAACUGGAACCGUAAGCUGGGCUGCAAAUGCCAGUACAAGCACAUAGUGGACUGGUGUGGCUGCUCCCCCAACGACUUCAAGCCUGCAGACCUGCCACGCUUCCAGCAAACCACACGGCCUACCUUCUUCGCCCGCAAGUUCGAGGCCAGCGUCAAUCAGGAGAUCGUCAACCAAUUGGACGCCUUCCUGUUCGGCGGCAUGCCCCAGGGCACGCCGGGGCUGCGAGCCUAUUGGGAGAACAUCUACGACGAGCAGGACAGCAUCCGCAGCCUGACGGACACCCAGCUGACCCACUACCACGCCUUCACGCGCAUGGGCCUGGCCCGCGCAGCCUCCUCACUGCAGGGGCACCCCACGGACAACAGCUGCAGGUUCCUAGCCAUGGGCAACCCGGUGUCGGUGCACCUGUACUUCCUGUCGGACGAGUUCCAGGGUUACCUGGUGCGUCACCACGCCACCAACCUGGCAACCAGCAAACUGGAGACCCUGGAGACCUGGGUCAUGCCACGCAAGUUCUUCAAGUUCUCCAACCCGCCCAACACCUUCACCCGGCUGCAGCACGCAGAGAUCGGCACGGACUGGGACGCCAAGGAGCGGCUGUUCCGUAACUUCGGCAACCUGAUGGGCCCCGGGGACGAGCCGGUGGGCAUGCAGCGCUGGGGCAAGGGCCCCAACGUCACGGCCACCGUGGUCUGGGUGGACCCCACCAACGUCAUCGCCGCCACCUACGACAUCCUGGUGGACGCGGGGUCGGAGUUCACGCACUACCGGCCGCCGCUCAACUCGCCGCUGCGGCCCGGCAUGUGGACGCUGCGCGUGCUGCACCACUGGAACCCCGUGGCCGAGACCAAGUUCCUCAUCACGCCGCUUACGCAUCACAGGCACCAGCCCAUACGCAAGGAUGACGCCCAGAGGCAGCACAACGGGCCGGCCAAGAACAGCUACAUGGAGCAGAGCUUCCACGGUCUGAACCCUAUCCUCAACAUCCCGGUGCACCUGGCGUCGGUGGAGGCGGCGCAGCACCACGCAGGGCUCACGGGGCCGGAGCUGGAGCGCUGGGUGGACGGCCUGGUCUCCGAGGUCUGGUCCGCUGUGGACAUCUGCAGCGCCGGAGCGCCUUCAUCAUUGCAGUCAUCACAGUCUUCAUCAUCAUCAUCAUCGAGUGGGUGUCCUGUGCUCCAGGCCUGCAGAGAUACGCCCUGGAGCUCUCUGAGUCCCGACCCCAAGUCUGGUCUGAGGCCGCCGGGGAGCAAUGGACGCAUCAGGUAGCAGCUCUGUUCGGGGCUGCUGGGGUUUGGCGCUUAGCCCGGUGAUUGACCGACCGACCGAACGAACUGGUGACGGAUGGGAACUAGCAAGGAUGAUGAUGAUGGUGUCUAGCCAGAAGUCCUACUGGCCGGACAAGCAGGACAAGGCGAGGCAAGACAGGAUGAGAUGAGAAGAAAUGAGAUGAGAUGAGAUGAGAUGACAACGGGACGAGAUGAGAUGGGAUGAGUUGGGAAUGUGAUCGGGGGGGGCUCUGCUUCCUUACUGCUACAGCUACUGCUGCUGCUGCUGCUGCUGCUGCUUCUGCUGACAGUGUUUGUGGUUUGGCAGCGGAUUGCCGGUGGCUUCCACACGGAACUCCUCUCUUCUGGCGUGUUUCAUUAUUUUAUUACUAUUGUUAUUAUUAUUAUUAUUAUUUGUUCAUUUGUUUUGUUUUGGUUUUGUGUUGUUUCGUUCUAAUUUAUUUGACUGUUCCUUCUUGACCAUUGCUUGUGCUGGAUUAAUGCACAGUGCAUAGCCCCACCCCCCUACCCCCCCUUUAUUUUCCCCAAUCCCUCUCUCUGUCUCUCUCUCUCUCUCUCGUAUGGUAUUAAUGCUAAAGACUCUAUGAGAGGGGCAUAAAGAAAAGAAAAGAAAAUACAGAACACACGCACACGCGCACGCAGACACACACACACACACACACACACACACACACACACACACACACACACACACACACACACACACACACACACACACACACACACACACACACACACACACACACACACACACACACACACAAAUACAGCAGCCAAUGUUUCUGUGCUAUUAUUGCUGUAUGUCCAUGAGCUAAGUGCAUUCUGCUUUAGGCAGGUUGAAAAGAGUGCUGUUCUUUUUUUAGUUUAACUUACAAAAAAAAUCCCUUUGUAAUUCCUAUCUCUUUUAUAAUUUAUUGUCAUUUGAUUACUGAAGAAACUGUGAUUUGCUGUUCUAGUCUAGAGCUGACUGAGGUACGUUCUGGAAGGGUAAAACACAUAAAGAGAGAGAGAGAGAGUCUAUGAGUAUAACUUUAAUAAGCACAGGAAAGGAAAGAAAAAAAGGUGGAAAAAAGUUUCCAUUACUGGCAAAUGUGACCAAAAUGAUGAGAUUUCCUGCAUCAGAGAAGCCUGUACUUAUGUUAGGCAGGAGCACAUGGCAGCCUACUCCUGACAGAGAGCAUCCAGAUGCAAAUUACAGUUUAGCACGUGUUGCUAAAUCAUUGCUAAACCGAUGCUUUGCUACUCCUGCUGUUGCCAUGGUGUCUUGUCGAUAUGGCCUCUCCAUCGAGCUCAGCUACAACAACGACUCACCGUGCGAACAGACUGCCGGCAUUAAUCGUGGAAAGCGGUGGAAGUAAUUGACUUUGUAUGGAAGAGCAAGCGGCAGAAGCGUCAAAAGCUGCAAAAGCAUUUCUAGCGCCAAGGCCAUCAAAAGUGGCAGAAGUGAAGUUGAACUUCAGCAAAAAAUAUGUAAUGAGGUUGAAUGGUUUGCCGCCUUCAUUGGCCCUGAUCUAUGCUUUCAAGGCGGGACUCUGCUGCGUUUUAGCUCUUACAACGCCGGCUGUCUGUCUGCACGGUUAGUAUUAGGCUUUGGGAUAUUGUCAUGCUAAUAGUCUACUUUUGGCUCAUUUCGACGAAGCAGCUCAUAUCGGCAGAAUACCAGGUGUGCGCUUCUCAUUAGCGCCGUUGCUAACUGAGUUAAGUUAGCAACUUUUUUGGUUGCAAUGCAAUUUCCCAUAGGCAGCCCACUAAGUUGCUAACUGGCUAACAACGGUGCUUUUGAGAAUUUGGGCUUCAGGUUUGGAAUCGCUCAGCAUUGAUUAAACAUUGGUUGAGCGUUGGAUCAGCAUUUGCUUAAGUGCUGAAUCAGAGUCGGCUGAGCGUUGGCUGAGCUGAGAGUCGGAUCAGCGUUAGGCUCACUGCAAGGACGCUCCUCUGUUUUUGCCCCAGGCUGUAUCUACUCUGUCACGGUGAAAAUCGAUGUGAUAUGAGCAGGGGUGAGUGAAAGGGAGACGAGAAAGAGAUGGCAAACGAGCCAAGCGAGCGAACGAGAGAGUGAGUAACAGAGAACAACAUUCAGUAAAAAAUCAGUCAGUCAGUGAGUGAGAACGAUAUAGAUAGAGAAACAUAGAGAGAGCUAGUUUCCUCCCAGACGGUGGUUGCCAGGCUUUGGGAGCUGGGAGUGGAGAAGUGAGGUUAAGGGUAGGUGGCAUACCGAUUGAUGGAAGCAGUGCAGUGUAUAGGCACAGAAGAGGACAUCCCAGGUCCUGCCAUAUAUUCGUUCGCACGAAAUCCUCAUUAGCCCAAUUUUUGUCAGCCAGGUAGAGGAGUCAGUCAGUGAGGUGAGGGGUCCUGUAUUGCAGUGGUUCCCAACUCUCUUACGUGUCCCCUUUCUGUUAUAUGAGUUAUGAGUACCCCCAUAUACUCUAUAUCUCUCCCUCUAUCCCAGUAUCCCAGUGAUCCAUACGUGCUCUUGUUAUUAAAUGUACCCCCUGAAGUGGGCUGGUGUACCCCUAGUGGUACACGUGACAUACCCCUGGUUGGGAAUCACUGCUGUAUUGGAGAGACUGGGAGGUUCAGAAGGUGCUGUAAUCAUGGCAGGACUUGUGUUUCCUCUGUCCAGUUUAGUGCUGCCUGUUGCUGUGCUGUGGUUAGGUGACUUACACUGACGGCUGCAUCAUUGGUGCCAAUCAAUGCUGAACUGUACACUGAGAACAAACUAUCAUUCUCUGUCUCUGUCUGUCUGUCUGUCUGUCUGUCUGUCUGUCUGUCUGUCUGUCUGUCUGUCUCUCUGCCUCUGUAUCUCUCUCUCUCUCUCUCUCUGUUUCUCGUUCUCUUGCUCUCUCUCUGCUCUCAGCCUCUCGUCGUUCAUGACGGCCUAGAACUCAUAGAUCCUUCUAGAACUUGAAAUGCUGUGUCAGCUGUGCUGCCACUCCUGAAGGGAAGACAUUUCAAGACUAUUACUUUUAAUUGUAUCUUUGACAAAAAAAUAUAUGAGUAGUAUUUUAGUAGUAGUAUUUUUUAUUUUAUUUUUAUUUUAUUUGUUUCUUUUUUUGUUUUGCCCUUUAGCAAGAGAAUAUUUGUGUGUGCGUGUGUUGGACGUGAGGGUGGUGCGAUCGAUGGCUAUUUAUUCAUGUGUUUAUAUAAAAUGAAAUAGCUACUUUUUUAGUCAAUGACUAAUGUCUAUAUGCUGUUUUUUGCAGCUCAUUCAAUACCUUUUGUAACCAGUCUGCCUUUAUUUAAAAAGGCCCUCACCCUCACCCCUACAUAAGCCCCAACCUUGUAUCUAUGAUCAACACACACACACACACACGCACGCACGCACACACACACACGCACACACACACACACACACACAGGUCACAGUAGCUCCUUUCCCCUGUGUGAUGGUGGUGGUGUUAUUGCUGUUUUGUGCACCGGUGAGUGUUCACGAGUACAUUUCAUUAGCCCGCUCCAGACAGCGGUGUGUGUGUGUGUGUGUGUGUGUGU